ACUCCAAAGUUAAACGAAAUCAUUUUCUUUCCGCAAGCAAAAAGCUAAGUCGCAGAAGAAGAAAGAAAGAGCAACGCUUCCAACAACCAACAUGAAUAAGCUCUACAACAAGAAAGGCAAAGUUCACCCGUCACCGUCGCCGCCCUCCGUAGCCGAUCCUCUGACCCUUCUUCCGGCAACCAUCCUCGCCUUGGCCGUAUCCCUCUCCCCUGAAGACCAAGAGGUCUUGGCCUACCUCAUCUCCUGCACCAAAAACUCAGGCGGUUGCGCAACGAACCAGCGUGGGCCUACUACUACUAAGUCCAAUCGUGCACCGGCCACAGGGCCGUCGCAGGUAAUAUCCAUAACUUGUAUCGAGUCACACAACUCCAACGCGGACAACACCGAUGGCGGCCACAAGGCACACCAGAAGCACAACAGGGUUGGCGUCGAAGCUGGUGGGCCGCAGUACCACCACCCUCCUACGUUCCAGUGCGACUGCUUCAGGUGCUACAUGAGUUUUUGGGCACGGUGGGACGCUUCGCCGAACCGCCAGCUGAUCCAUGAAAUCCUUGAGGCUUAUGAGGAGAGGUUGGUGGAGAAGAAGAGGAGCAGAAACUCAAAGGUGAAGAAAGAGAGAAGGAAGGCUAACAAGGGCAGUGGUGAUCAUUUGGGAUCUGGGGAAUUAGGGCAUGGGGACAAGAAGGAGGUGGAGGAGGUCCCACAAGUGGUGGACGCUGGUGUUGUUGCUGGUGAAGUGAUGAGUGGUGGUGAGUCUGGUGAUGAUGAAGGUUGUGAGGUUGGAGUGGAGAGGGGGACCAUGAGGAGGCUGGUGAGUUCCAUUGGGGACAAGAUUUGGGGUCUUUGGAAUUAGGGUUAGGGUUAUCCUCAACACAGAUAAGUUUCCAGGUACCAAUAAUUCCUUUUGGUGUUAGAUUUAAUCCUUAAAUUGUUUCCCUUUGUGUAUAUUACCCAUCUUGUUAAAAAAAGCAAUUGGGAUUAAUGGCUUCAUCUGCCAUUUGGGUUUUUCAUUUCAUUAGUAUCAUUUUUUUUUUCCAAGAUUGUAUUACUAGGUUGGAUUAGUUUGGAUUUAAGUUCCAAUAAUCCAAUUUAGUGCUGAAUUUUGGAUUAUUUAAUGGAGUUCCUCUUGUAAAUGAUCUAUAUGAUUUUGCUUAAGUUGUGAAACUUUUAGUGUUCAA